UUAACACCAUCAUCCAUAAAUAUGAAAUUCUAGAAAUAACAAUCUGUCGAAAUUACGGAUCUCCGUGUAUCGCGAUCACAAUGCUCAAAUCCACCUAUACCCCUCCCCCUCCAUUACCUCCGGGAUGGACCGAACAUAGAGCUCCUACGGGUCACUUAUAUUACUAUAACUCGCAAACAAAACAGUCCACCUACACUAGACCCCAGGCGUUGCCAGUCCCAUCCCAACCGACCCCGGCAUCAGAUACCGCUUACAACGCUCCUUAUCUUACCCCGGAUACUUUACCCCCAUUUUCCUCGACUCCUUAUGCACCCCAAGGGUUUGGACUUAGCGCAUCAUCCCAGGGAACAUCUCACCAUGGUCAAUCUCGGGGUGGUUUUCGCGGAGGAAGAGGCUAUAACGGCCGCAGGAAUAGAGGACCAGAAGAUAGGCCAAAGUCCAAACAUUCCCUCCCUGGCUGUGCACCAUGGGUGCUCGUUAAAACCAAACUCGGGAGGAGAUUCGUCCAUAACCCUGAAACAAAUGAAAGCUUUUGGAAGAUUCCCCCGGAGGUAUUGAAAGGCGUUGUCGAGUACGAUCGUUUAGAAAGACAAAAGAAAGAGAGGGAGGAGCGCGGUGAAGGCAUUGAUGACGAACAGUCUGUGUUGGAAAGGGGAUCCGAACCGUCCGACCAACAGCAUAAGGAGCAGAAGGAGGUUGCUCCGGCUGCAGAAGCGGGUGAGGAAAGCGAUGAAUACGAGGAAGUGGAAGUAACAGAUAGCGAGGGAGAAGACGAGGACCAUCCUUCUAAGCGGCCAAGAAUGAGGGGAGACGGCGAUCAGCAGCAACAUUUAGAGUUCACAGAAGAAGAUAUCGAGUACCAACUCGCCGCAAUGGGAGAGGAAUAUGGGCUUGAUCCUGGAGAAUAUGGCGAGCCAGGCGAGGACGGCUGGGAAGAAGGUGCCGAGGGGCUGCCACUUACAGAAGAAGACGCCACUGCUCUUUUCCGCGAUCUUCUUGAUGAUUAUCACAUUAACCCAUAUACAACCUGGGAGAACAUUAUUGAAGAAGGACGGAUUAUAGAGGAUUCACGUUACACCGUCCUCCCAAAUAUGAAAACACGCCGCGAAGUUUGGUCUAAUUGGAGCCGUGACCGGAUACGGGUGCUUAAGGAGCAGAAAGAGAAGCAAGAGAAAAAGGACCCGCGCAUCAAAUACUUAGCUUUCCUUGAAGCGCACGCAACUCCCAAACUAUACUGGCCAGAAUUCAAACGCAAGUAUCGCAAGGAGCCCGAAAUGAAAGACACGAAACUGUCGGAUAAAGAUCGAGAGAAAAUCUAUCGUGACCUAAUGUCACGGUUGAAACUACCGGAAAGCACUCGCAAGUCUGACCUCUCUGCCUUGUUGAAAUCCGUCCCGCUGCUUGAGUUGAAUCGCUCGUCAAACCUGAAAGCCCUCCCUCCAACUAUCAUUACCGAUAUCAGAUAUAUUUCCCUCUCUCCCAAAGUCCGCGACCCCCUGAUCGAAACCUAUAUAUCUACUUUGCCGCCGGCACCAGAGCAGGGUGAAGAAAUGUCUGCUGAGCAACGAGAAGAAGUCAAAAGGAAGAGGUUGGAGCGCGAAAAACGUGAAAAGGCUUUAGCGGAACGAGAGAAGCAAGUGCAAGAGGACAAGCGGAAGCAACGGGGCGAUCUUACUCAUAGUAGGAACCUUCUAAGGGAAGGGGAGGCGGAGAUUGAGGAGGCCAUGAAAGUCGGUAAGGCAGGUCUACGAAGCCACGUAGAGGCAGACCAUGAGGUCCCAGCAGAUGGUGAACCCAGGAUGGAAAGUGAUAUAUAGUACAGAUUCAUUCAAUUGCUAUUGUCUAGCCAACAGCGGCCGCUGACAUUCAUGGCUAUAUCACCAGAUCAUUUCCUUCCAUCUUUUCAGACAAAUUAUUGGUCAACGUAGAUAACAUGGCAGGUAAUACCUACCUACCUAAUGGAUAAAAAAACAGACA